AUGGCGACUACACCAAACACGCUGCACGUCUCCGGAGCAGACACCAACGUCACAGUCACUUACAACAAGGCCAAUUGGUCCGGCUGGUGUAAGAAGUUCUGGCUGACCUUCGGCGGGCUGGUCUUCCUGGUCAUGGCCGUCGCACUUCCCUUCGUGGCAGGUAACCUGCAGAUCCUCUCACUGGAGGUGACGAAGCUUUCAGUACGACUAACCGAGCUGGAACGUAAGUAA